AUGAUAUCUUUGGAUGUCGUGUCUCUAUUCACUAAUGUCCCCCGAGAAUUAGUGAAGCAAUGCAUAAAGGACCGUUGGACAGAGAUAGAUGCCGAAAUCAAUCAAAGCUUAUUCAUGGAAUUGGUUGAUUUCUGUAUGGAGGCAAGCUACUUCCGGUAUGAUGGACGCUACUAUAUACAAACGUUUGGUACGGCGAUGGGUAGCCCCCUAUCUCCAAUACUCACCGAAAUAGCAUUGGAUUCGGUAAUCGAAAAAGCUAUGAGCUCCCUCCCCUUCCCCGUCCCGAUACUGAAAAAGUAUGUAGACGACAUAUUUCUGGCAGUACCCAGUGAUGCGAUAGACCACGUACUGCAGGAGUUCAACCAGCACGAAGAAAGGUUGCAAUUCACGGUAGAAGUAGAAGAGGAAUGCAAGCUACCAUAUCUGGACAUGACAGUGAUCAGGAAUAGCGACCAAAGCCUGUCCACUGAAUGGUAUUCAAAACCGAUUGCCUCAGGAAGGAUGUUAAAUUGGUACUCCUUCCACCUACCGAAAUACAAACUUAAUGUGGCCAACAACUUCAUCCACCGGGUGAGUGCGUUAUCACCGAACUGGAACCAGGCAACAACGAAGACGGUCAUCAUCCAACAACUCACCAAGAGCAACUACCCCCGAACAUUGAUCAACAGAUUGAUCAGUCUAUACAACUCCCGGAACAACAGUAGGCAACACCAGAGAACAACCAUAGCCGAAACUCCAUCAGCACCGUCCGUAUCCGAACUUGAAGAGGUCAGGCCAAGUCUCGGGCCAGGCAUUCCAGCAUCCAGCAUCGAACCAAACGAAGUAGAGGAAUCCAACAGCGCUCAACUGCAUAUCGCGUCCGAUCACCACCAGAUUGAAGACAUCUCCACCAACGAUGAGCAACAACAAAAAUCGUACCGCUCCAUUCCAUACGUUCACGGUCUGUCAGAACGGAUCAUAAACAUACUGGCUCACGACUAUGCUGAUAUCACGAUCACAUGCAGACAAUAUUCGACGGUAAAGAGUUUCCACACUAGGGUAAAAGAUCCUGUAAACAAAACAGAGCAGAGUAAUAUCAUAUACAGAAUUCAAUGCAAAAAUUGCCCCCAAUCGUAUGUAGGAAUGACUCAAAACAAACUCAAAAAAAGACUGUAUGGACACAAGACGCACAUCAACAAAUUAGAACACCUAUUAGAAUCAGGACAUACAAACACAGACACAGAAAUGAUAGCAUUAAGAGAGAAAACAGCAUUAAUCGAACAUUGUAUUGACCACAACCAUAGAUUCGACUUAGACAACACACAAGUAAUUGACAGAAGUGAUAAAACACACAAUCUCCCCUUUUUAGAGAAUGCCACAUCACAAAUACACCCAACACUGUGAAUCAUCGCACCGACGUUUGUGCACUGAACUACAAAUCAACCCAAAUUUAAGUUGUUUUGACGCAAUCCCGGUCUUCCGUGGAAUAUUGUCGCGCUUAUCUUUUAUUAGAGUCCUGCGGCGGUCGUACGCUCGCAAUGCAUACCGCCGCAUGACAGUCGCAAGGCAAAACAAAAGAAAAAGUGUUCCCGCCAAAAACAAAAGCACGUGGGUUUCGCGAAGUGACAGAUGUUUUUGAAUGUAUUUGUGACGAACGGCAAGAGUAGCUCAGUGGAAUGAGUGUUCUUGCUGUCAAACCCCAUAUAGUGGAAUUAUGUACUUCUAAAUCUGGUGACGCUGUUAUGAUUAGUGACUGUCGCGCUAAUAUCAGAAGCCAGAGGCAGAUAAUCGCCAUAUUCUGAUUUUUCUUGAGAGGCAUAAUAACUCAAAUUUGCGUUAAACAGCGAAAGUGGUGAGUGAGUAGUUCUCGUUUGAGAGCGGCAAAAAAAUCAACCCAGUGGUAAGUUAUUUUCACCCAACGGAGGCCUCAAAUGACGCAAAUUUAGGUUAAUUCAAGAAAACCCAAAUUUGGCUUCUUAAACGAAAGAGCAGCGGAUGCGUCGAUGCUUCUCUCUUUGUUUUCGACAACAUUGCGGUGGGGCGAGGGAGAAAACAACCCAACUUUGAGUUAAAACUUUAAGCAGUUUAGCCAAAUUUGAGUUUUUAAAACUUAUUCUUUGGGUUAUAAUAUUUUUCCGUGUGGCUUAAGCACAACGUACGCAGCCAUCCUUCACACCAUUGGAGAAAAGCUUCAUAGACGUUAAAAGAGAGACCAAACCCACCAUUUUCAAUUUCACAGUUGCAAAACAGAAAGUUAGACAGUGCCUAAAAUAAGUGGAAAAAUUAGUGACGAAAAAUUAGAAAUUAGCUACGAGAAUCACUAAUUCACCACCUCGAUGUACAAAAUAAUUAAUCAGACCCCGACAGUUCAAUGUAGACAAUUUGACGAAGAACGAUAAUACCGAUUGUAAGUUAGAUUUAAUAAUUUCCAAAGUACAAAAACUAUAUAAUAAACCUUCCAGAACCCCUGAAGAAGACCAAAAAAAGUGGUCGAAACGUUGGGCAAAGUCAAAUAACAUCGUUUGAUUUCAUCAAGAGACUGCUUAGCCGGUUACGUGGCAUAACUAUCCCAUUCAGUCGAACCCUCCCAAUCCAUUCACUUUUGUUACGAUACUUUACUAACAUUUGAUCAUUUUUGUAUGAUUGAACCAAAAUGAGCGGUGAAUGGGGCAUGAGCGGUGAAUGACGACCUCACGGUAUACACUUUAUAUGAGGUCAGCAUUAUUUAUUGAAAAAUAAUUUUCCUUAGACUGGUCAAAAGCUCAUGCAAGAUAACAAGUGAAUAUAGGGUAUCGCGCCACUUGGGCGAUGGCUUCUAUAUUCGUCUGUUUUCCACUAUAACUCAGUCAAUUUUGAAUCAAUUGACUUGAAAUGUUGUACACGGGUAGAUAUUAUACCUAUCUCACCACAUUCCAAAAGUUGUGUCAAUUUGUUCAAAUUUGACUGAGUUAUAGUGGAAAACAGACGAAUAUAGAAGCCACCGCCCAAGUGGCGCGAUUCCCUAAUAAUAAAUAAAAAUAGUUAUUUAUGCAACAAGUUGCAAAAUGAUGAUUUUUUCAGCACGAGUCGUACAUUUAUCCAACGAUAAAUACGACGAGUGCUGAAAAAAUCGAGUUUUGCAACGAGCUGCAUACAAAGUUUUUUUGCAAUUGCGAAAAAUACCCAUUCAGGAUAAUCUUCUCUGAUGGAGCGGACCUGGUGUGAUGGUUAGAACACUUGACUAUCACACCGAGGACCUGGGAUCGAAUCCCACUCCCGACAAACUCGCAAAAUGUGAGUUCUUCCUUCGGAAGGGAAGUAAAGCGUGGGUCCCGAGAUGAACUAG